AUGCGCAGUACCAAGCACCGACGCAGCCUCCGCUGAUUCCGGCAUUGCCACGGUAACCGUGCUGCUCCGUUCAGCCGCACCGAGUUUGUUUUUGCCCAUUUUCUUAAAAAUCUUCCUCACGGAACAACCACCUCGUUACCGUCCCGGAAAAUCGACAUGGUGAAACUGGGCAGCACUCUUGGUGAGAAGGUGGAGAGGGAGCUAUCUCUGGAAGAUGGCUUUGAUAACAUCCCUCUGAUCACACCACUGGAGGUUAACCAGCUCCAGAAACCAUUUCCAGAUAAGGUUAUUGUCAAAACAACUACCGAGUAUCAGUUACAGAAAAAGCAAAAGAAGAAACUGUACAUGCCAAGCAUUAAGAAGUUGAAUAUAAACCUUUACGACGAGGUGACGGAGAAGGUCAAGGUCACAGGACUUAUUCUUAUCACCUUGACUUUCCUUGCUUGUCUGCUGCUGCUGGUUAUGUAUAAAGCUCUGUGGUACGACCAGCUUAGCUGCCCCGAGGGCUUCAUCCUCAAGCAUAAGCACUGCACCCCGGCCGCUCUGGAGAUGUACUACCCCGAGCAGGACGCAGGCUCCAGAGGAAGCUUGUACACCGCCAUCAGCCAUCUGAACCCAGCUAAGAAGGUUCUCCCUGAGCUCUCAUCUCCCUGGCUGCCUGUCAUUAACGCUAUGAAGGAAUCCCAGAAGGCCAAGGGGGAGGCGAGCCACUCCCAGCAGUGAGGGAUGGAGAGAGCGGACGGUGGAGGAGGAGCUGUGACAGAGAGGUUAUAAGUUUGAGUGAAAGAAGAAGUACAGCAUAUAGAGGAAUUUUGUGUGUGUGUUUGUGUGUGUGU